AUGGGUAUUGUGCAUCGUCUCUCUACAGUAGUACCGUAUUUUCAACCAAAAGUUGAUGCAGCGGGCCGGUCUGGUGUAUCUCCACUACAAAAAUGUACUGCAGCAAUUCGUCAAUUGGCAUACGGUGGUGAGGCUGAUACAGUUGACGAAUAUGUACGACUUGGUGAAACAACAGCUCGAAAAUGUUUGCACCAGUUUACCGCUGCAAUAAUCAACUUGUAUGGCGAUCAAUAUCUAAGACGUCCCACACCGGAGGAUCUUCAACGACUACUAUAUUAUGGAGAAGAACGUGGCUUUCCAGGCAUGGUUGGAAGCAUCGACUGUAUGCAUUGGGAGUGGAAGAAUUGUCCCAGCUCUUGGAAAGGAAUGUAUUCACGUGGAACCGAUAAACCAACACUUGUCCUGGAGGCCGUAGCUUCUCAUGAUCUCUGGAUAUGGCAUGCGUUUUUCUGA